AUGCAGUGUGUCAAAGGCGUGGCUGACUGCGUUAGUGGCCCCUGCUCCGCCGUCAUCAAGUUUCAGAAACAGUUUGUGGACGACGUCAUCGUCAAUGUGAAGAAGCAACGGGAGGAGCUGAGCCGUCACAAUCACGAGCUGCAGAACCGACGGGUGCGGCUGCAUCUCGAUCACCUGGAGGAGGAGUACCUCUGCUGCGUCUGUGGCAAGUCCGGCGAGGAGCGGGACUCCGAGGACGCGGUGCCUGGCGAAUUCAGCAUUGUGCACAUGCCAAGCAAAGAGCGAAUUGAAAAGGCCAUCAUCGUCUCUGGGCAGUUGAACCAGGACGGGGCGGCUGGAGGCGAGGGCGGGUUUCAGGCGUCGGGGCCGCGGACCGACGCGCUUCUUGGGGUUCUGUCCGCACCCGCGGAGCAGAGCACGAGCAGGAUGGUGGCGAAGGUGCAGCAUUGCAUUCUCAACCAGGAGGCCGCGCGACAGCACAAGCGGAGAUGGGCGCAGCGCGACAAGGGGCUUAUGAAGAUUGAGGAGUCCGAUAUUGACAUGUUUCAGCAGUUUUUUAAGAGGCCUGUUCACGGGUACCUUUGCUCGGACUGUCACACCUCGGCGAAGCGGAGGCUGGACACUCUCACGAGUCAAAUACAAAUGAUUCUGUUCAAGGGGAAAAACCCUUUUCUGCGCAGUGGCGGCGGCCCGGCUCAGGCCCAGCGGCAGGAGACGACGGCGUCCCCCACCUUGCCAGCUUCGGCAGCCUUUGGGCCCUGCCUCAGGAGGGCGCAUGGGGCUCAGAAUUACGCCACACUUUCCGACGCGGCCAUAACGCGUCUCCGGGCGAAUUUUCGAUGUGCCGUUUGUAAGCGGCGGCAGGCGUCAUUUUUUGUCCGGCAAAGCGCCACCUUUCUUUGCCAGUUUUGCUGCUCGAGGGACCGGUUUUACCGUGAUAGUGCGACCUGCAUCAACGACGAGCUCAUGCCAAUGGAAACGGCACAUCUGUUGGAAAGCCUGGCGCCCUGCCACGGAAAAGUGGGGGACGGGGACGAACACGGCACGCGGGUCAGCGGCGGUGAAAAACGCGGCGUUGGCCUUUUUAGCGAGCACAAUGCCAUUGACCUUUUUGCGGCCCAGUUACCACCACACGCAUCUAUUGCCGUGAAACCCGCUCUUCCCCUCUCCCCAUCUCCUUCCGAUCGAAGGAGCGUUGCCGGUAACACGUCGGUUUCACUUUUUAGUGGGAAAAAGUUCUUGCUGAACCUCUGGGAAUCCAAUGCAUUCUGA